AUGAGCUGGCGAAGUAGAGUCUUUGUCGGAGACGACCCGACGCUGGAUCUGCAGAAGGCGGAUGGCGUCCGGUCGCACGUAAUCGUGCCGCCCGACACGCCCGACCAGCAGACGCUUGUUUAUUUUGUGAAUAGUCUGAGGAGGGGCGGAAUCGGCGGACCCUCCCACCAGACACUCGGUAUCAAUUGCCGCAAGGAACGGCAAGACUAA